GAAGAAGACGGAACUUCCGUGUUGUUAGCCAAAGUUUAGCUUUCUGUGUGCUAAUGUAAUGCUAAGCAUUGUAGCCAAGUUUUUUUAGACAAAUUACGGUCAAAACAGCGUCAAGUUUAGUCGCGUUCUUCACCUUACAGUGCUACUUUGGUACUGGCUUUCUAAUGUUGACUAUAGACAAUGGAUACAUGCUAACAAGCCAGUGCUAGUAACAACCCGGCUGGAUAAGUUCGGAGGUUUGUGCUGUGAUGUAGCGCUGCGGCCUGUGUCUCUUCAUUUCGUGCUGUUCACGUGUCUGUCGUCGUUUCAAUGGGGAAAAGAAAAGACAUGAUUCACCCCAGGUUCCUUGGUGAAGGCAGUUCCAGCCUGCACAAUGUUCACAAACGGAAACACAAAAAACACAAAAAGCACAAGAAGAAGCACCACAGCUUCAGCGAGGAGCCGCAGCCAGAGCCUGUCAUGGUUCCUCGACCUCCUCCACAGCUCCGACUCAAGAUCAAACUGGGAGGACAGACGCUGGGGACCAAGAGUGUUCCCACUUUUACUGUGCAUCCCGGUGUGGCCUGCCCUCCCUCUCCUCUCAUGAUCAUUGAUAACAAUGUUGAGGAUGACGACGACGACGAUGAUGAUGAUGAUGAUGAAGAUGAAGAUCAUGAUGAGGAUGAUGACGAGCCCUCUGUGCCUCUGGAGCAGUAUCGUGCCUGGCUGGAUGAAGACAGCAACCUGGCCACUUCUCCUCUUCCAGACAUGGACUCAGACUCUAUGCUGGUUGGACCCGUUGAUGAGGAGGAGCGGUGGCUUGAUGCUCUGGAGAAGGGAGAGCUCGACGACAAUGGGGAGCUGAAAAAAGAGGUCGACGAGUCUCUGCUCACAGCCAGACAGAAAGCCCUGUUACACAAACAGCAGAGCCAGCCUCUCCUGGAGCUCCCCAUGGGCUACAAGGAGAAGGAAAUGACUGUAGAGAUGAUGCAGAAACGAGAGGAGCGAGCUCGAAAGAGGCGCCUGCAGGCUGCCAAGAAAGCUGAGGAUAGCAAGAACCAGACUAUAGAGAGGCUGACAAAAACUAGCAAAGCUAAGAUCAAGAGCAUGAAGGAGAAAAAGUUCAAGCAGAGCCAGUGCCCCAUGGUCCGAUACAGUGACUCAGUCCAGGGAAUGGCUAUCUCUUUCCCAGCAGGAGUCCCUGCUCCUGUUCCAGCUCCUCCCUGUCCUCCACCUCCAGCCCCGCUGAGCUGUGGUGUUGGCAGCUGCACGAACCUAAAGAAAUAUUCCUGCUCAAAGACCGGGGUUCCUCUCUGCAGCCUUGACUGUUACAGGAGGAACCUGCUGCUCGUUCAGAGCACAGCAUGAACUUGAAAAAUGAAAUUGUGCAUCACUGGAAUGUGAUGAUUAAACCUCCAUCAAACACUGACACAGAAGAAUUUGAACUUAAACACUUGAAGCAUAAAAAUCAUUUCAGGACUUUCAGGAAUCCAAGUGUCAUGUACAUUGUAUGCCUCUCAUUUGCCUAUGUUUUGUAGAUGUGUCAUAUUUAUAAUGAUAAUAAUGGCUUUUCCUGCAGUGAUUCUUCACAAUGCAUUCAAGAUUUAUGAUUUUCAUGUUCUUGAAUGUGGAAAAAUACUGCUCAAUAAUUAUGACAUUUUAGUUUGGAAGAAUCAAUCUGAGAAAUAUAUUUUUUAAUCUCAAAUAAUGUUCAUUUUGGCAACAUAUGAGUCGGUUUCCAUACAAAACUGUACAAACAGUUAAAUUAAUAAAAGCAGUUCCCUCCCA